UACGCCAGCGUAUUCACCAAAUUCCUCAUACGUCGGGCAUAUGCUGUCUAAAACGCCAAGGUGUGGCAGUGCCCUAAGUUAUUUGUAUAACAACUACACAUGUUCUAGGUCGUAGGUCAACACACUCUGAAUGUUAUACAAAGAUCUCGAUCUGCAUCUUAGUCAUCCUUUCGUCAGUCUACUCAAGAAUCUAGAGGCAGGCAAGAUUUUUGAUCAGAUUAUCAUCGAAGAUCUCCAACUCCAACCAGGCUACAUGUAAGACAACACUUUCAACCAGACAGGUUUGAUCAGUGAUUCGGUUGAUCUCCUAGCCCUUCUCCAUCAAGAUCAUACUCCAACCAAUAGAGAUCACCCUCUCGUCAUGGUCACUUUGACAAUGGUUCCCAGGGAAACUACCGAUAGUUGAUGACGCGGGUCAAUCGUCAAAUGCCACUACUCUGACCCAUGUUGACAUUUAUGCUUUUAUAUGAAUAGGUAUCUGUUUAGGCAUUCUGAUGUUGGGCAAUAUAUACUAUUAGAAAACUGCUGAGAACUGCAAUAUAUCCUCCUUUCUAGUCAGCUGUACUCCCCCCCAAAAUGUAUACACCCUUGAGAUCCUUGAAGCACAGUAUAUUCUUGACGAUGAUGAUGUCAGAGAUGGAUGAUCAAUUGGACAUAUAAUAUGGUCUCUAACUACCCAGCAGGCAUCCUUUUUUUCACUGCCUCCCCAUUUAAAAAAAAACACAGUACCUACAGUAUCUACAUUUUGCACAAGUUGAGAUAUUAACAUUUUAUUAUUUUUUCUUAUCAUUGUUCAUUCUUAACAGUAUUUGUGUGACUGAGAAAGAUGAUUUAUUUGAAUUUCCAACUAGGGAAUCAAUGCGUAAAGAUUUCAAGGUGACUGUAGGAUUGGAUCCUGCCAGACUGGAGAAUAAAAAACGUUUUAAGGAAUAUACGACGUUGGAUGAGACACAGGGUGAAACCUGCAAUGUAAUUAAUGGAUUGUUUGAUUUUCUUUAAAUUAUCAGGAAUCAGCUCCCUUUGGAUUGCAUUAUGUUAAAUUAGUCUCUGUUUGCAGGCUAUGCAUACUGGUAUGUUACAGAUUGUGAAUGAACGAUAUAAUAUUCAAUUUCACUCAUACACACUACCAGCAAGUAUCAUACAUGUGUAGUGACUUGACUAUAUCUUCAUACUAUUUUCAUGUAUAUAUCAUACUAUUUUCCUGUAUAUAUUUUCAUUCAUAUGUCAACAUAAUUUUAUAAGCCUAUAUUCUCUGUGUUAUUUCCAUGUAUAUUUCUCUUCUACAUUCAAUCUUGUUUGUGUCAAAUGCAAUGCACUACCACUGUAUGCAUAUUUUCUGCCUAAAUCUUACAAACAAACAUCUUCCUUUCACUUUUACAUAAUGGACUUGGAGCAAGGCAACCUGGCAUUAAUGUACCUGAUUUAUUGUUCUGGCCUUGCUCCCCACUGCACUUAUACUGCAUCACUACACAGAUGCUCUUUCUUCUCUCUCUCACUCUCUCCUUUCAACUUGCUUUUUGUCUCUCUUUUGGGUGUGGUCUUCAUACCCCCUUUUUGUGAUGCUGGCAAAAACCAACAUGCUACUUUUGCCACAUCACCACUCUACUUUCUGCCUUCGUCCUGACCACUCAUGCUGUCCAUUUCAUCCAGCUGCUAGUGAGAAUCGAAUCUUGUGGAGGAUCGAUUUAUACAUAUUUCUCUACCUUUUCUGAUUCUUAUUCUUACCGUCACUUCCACUCCUUCGGAGUCUAUAUUUACUCUGCAUAUUUAAUGAGCUCAUUACUUCGCGAGACAUUUGUGACAUCUAUCCCUUCUUCCUAAUCUAUUUGAAAUUUCGAAGUGUAUAUAUUUCUGUCCAUGGGAUUUGUGCAAUUUAUCUGAGCGGCUGGACCCCAUUCUAUCCUCUGGCGAGCAAAAAUUAAGGUAGGACACAAUGUUUCCUUUUUUCUAUUUACAUAAUUAGGAAAUUGACCAUCCUAAUUUCCUAAACUGGUGACCCCGACGUGAUCCUGAAUCCUUAAUUUUCUUUUAUCGCCUUCUAUUCAUUUCUCUCAAUUCGCUAUUCUUGCUUCUCAUUUCACUAUUUUUAUUUUCUUUCUACUUCCUCAUUUUUUUUUCUUAACUCUACAACAUGACUACCCCUAAUGUUACCUCUAUUCCUGAAUCUAUUCUUUCUCCAGUAUCACCCUCUAUUGCUCCGGUGAGCAUUAAGCUCCCACCAUUCUGGGUGGAGGCCCAAUUUCACACGAAGGGUAUUACCGCCGAAAUUACUAAAUUCAAUUAUGUAGUUGCCUCACUACAACAGGAGGUAGUUAUGGAGGUGAGGGACAUCAUUACAGCUAUCCCAGCCGAUAACCCAUAUCAGAAAUUAAAAGCUGCAUUGGUCAAGCGAACGACCGUCUCCGAGCAGACGCGCCUCAAUCGGUUGCUGUCAGGAGAGGAGCUCGGAGACAAGUCGCCAUCGCAACUCCUCCGGCGGAUGCAGCUAUUGAUGGGGACGAGCACAAUGGAGGAUUCCAUAUUUCGGCAAUUAUUUUUGCAACGCUUGCCCACCAACGUGCAGGUCAUCCUAGCCGCAUCAAGCGAUGGGGUGAGUUUGGUGGACUUGGCGGCGCUUUCGGACAAAAUUGUCGAAGUUGCAGGCCCAACUAGCAUAUCUAACAUUCAGUCUAAGUUGGCGCCAUCACAACCUCCUCCACUCCCUGCGCACGAAACUAAAGUCGACCAGCUCUCUGCACAGGUUGCCCAGCUUACGAUGCAGGUCCAAGCAUUAACCUGCUCCUUGCUAGAUAACCGCGGGAGAGGUCGCAGUCGGCAGCGCAAGUCGAAAGACUCAAAUAAGCGCCCUCAGUCAGUUUCGCGCAGCCCGAACCGCAGUGAACAGCAUGCAGGUGUGGUGUGGACCUCAUUCUAUCCUCUGGCGUGCAAAAAUUAAGGUAGGACACAAUCUUUCCUUUUUUCUAUUUACAUAAUUAGGAAAUUGACCAUCCUAAUUUCCUAAACAUGUAUUCAGACGAAACUGAUUUUAUAGUUGUUUGACUUUUGUGUUUUGCAGUUCAAGUUUUGCAUUUUCAUCAAUAAUUGGCAUCAUUCCAGUACCACAAACACAUGAUGUCCAGGCAGGUGCUUACGCCAUCAGAGAUUGCGAAGAGCAUGGUUUUGACCGAGGAGGAGGUAGACGAUAUAGAGGAGCAUACAAGAGGACCGCCCAGGAUCAAAUGUGGCAUGACCUGCGCAAGUGUAGACUGACAGCUUCAAACUUCAAAGCAAUAGCGUCAUCGAAGAAAGAGGAAGGUGGGUCACUCGCCGUAAGACUAGUGAAGGGAGGUGCAAAGGAGUUUGAGCCAGCAGCUAUCGAAUGGGGGCGGAAGACCGAAAGAGAAGGUAGCUGUUGAGUACAAUUCACUGGUAAUGAGACGGUCACAUCAACAACACAUGGUGAGGCAGAGUGGUCUGUGUCUGCUUCCUCAGAGAGCAUACAUUGGAGCAUCACCGAAUGGAGUAUCAACUAAAAUUCAGAUCGUCAUGUGCAUUAUAGACAAGUUGAUCAGAUACAUAUAAACAAACCCCUCCACCUCUUCUUCGUGGUCUAUAUUUUUGUAAAAAAGAAUAAUGAGGAAUAUUAUACAAAGUGGAAACAGAGCUCUUGAACCAGGUUUCAGUGAAACCAUAUAUUUGAAAAUUGUGUGAUAAACUCUGUAAUAAGUUCAUGCAAUAGGGGAAUUUCUUGGCUAAGCUCUGGGCAUUCAUAUAGAAUAUAGAAAAAGAUGAAGUGUUCAAGUUAGAUGUACUACAUGCAUUAUUAAAAGAGUCCAUUGAGUAGUAUUUACAGCUAC